AGGUGAAUAACACCGGUUAUCUGUUGGGAUGACAACCAAAACUCUACGGCUUCCUAAGACUGGAGAAAUGCUUCUAUCGGUGCAUGGCUCUCCUCUUGGUGUUUUCAAGGAGGACAGCAUGGAACCAAUACAUGAAGCAGUUUGCAAGGAAAGCUGGUUCGGGUACAAUAACAGGUAAGUUUCAAAGUGUUCAAAACCAUCCUCCUACAGACAGUUUUUUGUUUUUGAGUUUAUUUACUCUUACUUGUUUGGGUGUUGGAAUGAAAUUAGCUAACCACAAAUAUUUUGAGAUUGAAGUUUUAUUAUUGUAUAUGUAAUGAAUUGUUAACUGGUGCUCCCCUCCCAUCCCCAAAUUAGAUGAUACUAGAGAUCCUUGAAAGGAUGAUGACGUAAAUGAUUUUGGCUGUGGCCUAAAUGAUGGCAGUAAUUAGUAAAUUUGAUUUUGAAAUAGUUUAUUUCUCAAUAUGAUUUUCCGAGUGGGUAUGUGUUUGUGGUGUUAGUAGCAGUAAUAUUCGAGUGUCAUGUGUGUUAGUGUAGAUAUGAAAACGCAACUCUAGUUUACAAUAUGAAUUAACAUUACUGAGACUUCUUGAAAUUUGAGGCGAGAUAGGGAGUUAAUUAGGAAAUCUGUAACAUUCAGAAGUGGUUAAGCCGAAGUAAAUACCCCUAUGUUGUUUCUUAGUUCUAUUAUGUUGGAGAACUUUGAUAGCCUUAAAGUCUAUUUUGAGCCUCAGUUGUUCCCUUUUUUUUUUUUUUGGGUUUUCUUUGAUGUUCUAUUGCUAUUACAGCUCUUGUUCAUUAUCAUUAUUAUUGCUGCUAUUAGACUUGAUAGAUUAUUAAGGUCUUUGUGACUUCUGGUUUCAGUGUAGGUUCUAUAGCAGGGAAGGUAGCGUAACCAUGAUCACUGGUCGAGGCCGCCCUCUAACUCUUGGUUAUGGUCAAACUGGAACAUAUGCAACUCAGUUUUUUUCUAACUAUAAUGUUUACUUUUUCCCAAGUGAAAAUGUAUUCAUCUAAAACUUGUGAGAAGAUUGCUGGUAGAGGGAUUAAAUUCAAUUCUGGCACAUUGAGCAACUUGCCUUUGACCCUUGAUCUUGCAAAUGAUGAUGAUUUCGAGUCCCCUAUUGCUCCAACAAUAAGUUGUCAACCAGAAAGCACUCGAAUUAUCCGCUCGCAAACAAAGAAGGUUGGUAACCUUGUUAAGAAUAUCAAGCCAAGGACUAAGAAAUGUGGUCGACCUGAGAAAGCUAAAGUGGGGAUGGAACUUGUUGAUGAAGAUGGUGCUGCCAAAAAGAAUAAAAAGAGAGAGGUCGUUAAUGUUGCUGAAGGUAGUUCUUUUACAGUAUCAAAAGCACAAAGGAUAGCUACUCGAUGCAAAUUUAAAGAAAGAAAAUCUCGGUUGAAGAUUUAUGCCAUGGUGAAGGGAAAGCUUAUUUUAAUUUGCCAGUCUGGUGGUGAAUUUGUGAGUGAUGCCGAUGGAAACUUGUCAUAUAACGGAGGAGAGGCAAAUGCUGUAACUAUAAACCAAGACACUCCAUAUGAUGAUCUCAAGAUAAAAUUGGCAGAGAUGUGUAAUCUGGAGCUUAAAACAGUGUCAAUUAAGUAUUUUCUUCCAAGAAAUAGGAAAACUCUUAUUAAUUUAAGGAGUGAAAAAGACUUCAAAAGAAUGGUUGAGUUUCAUGCUAAUUCUGUUACAGCUGAGAUUUUUGUCAGCGGGAAGGAAGGUUUUGAUCGUGAUGCAUUGAACACGUACAAUGACAGGACAAUUGGCUUAAAACUGGCUGAGAACGUAAAUCAUCAUGCCACACCUGAUUCUGGUGGUCUGAGUACAACACCUUCUAAGGCUACCCCGUUAAGGACUGUUCGAACUGCUGCUGCCUCUCCUAUAGCUAUUCAAAGCGAUUGUCUGGUCGAUGUACAUAUCAGCUGCCAGGAACCUGAUAGCCCCAGUCAAGCCACUUCUUCAUCAAACUCUUCGUCUGGCCAUUCUUCUGGCCAUGUUGCUGAGGAUGAUUCUGUUGCUGAGGAUGAUUCUGAUUACGCUCCACGCUCACGUGCUCAGAGCCCAAUUAGCUUUGACUAUGAUGCUACCCCUGCUGAAACCGUGAAGAAGCGCAGGCGCACUGCUUCCUGGAAAAUUGGUGCCAAUGGUCCAACCAUUGUUGUGACCGAUAAUGAUUCUAAGGAGAAAAUCUCACGAAAGAAGAAGAGUAGAAGUUCAACUGGUGUAAUGGAGAGAAAUGACUCGGUGGAGGAUGAAGAUAGUGUUCAAUUACCUGAUAAUUUUGACAGUUCCUCUCCAAUUGCUUUGCGUGAUGAAGAUCUGCCAGAGAAACUAGUUGCCACUUGGAAAGAAGGUAUUACUGGUGUUGGUCAGGAUUUUAAGAGUGUGAAAGAGUUCAGGGCUGUACUGCAAAAGUAUGCUGUUGCUCAUCGCUUUGUCUACAAGUUGAAGAAAAAUGAUGCUACCCGUGUAAGUGGCAGAUGCGUGGUAGAGGGUUGUUCUUGGAAAAUUCAUGCAUCUAGGGUCCCUUCGGAUCAAAUAUUUAAGAUCAGAAAGUUUAAUGAUUUGCAUACAUGUGAAGGCGAAUCCUGGAAAUCUGCUCAUCGUACAAGGAAUUGGUUGGUAAGUAUCAUCAAGGAAAGGUUACGAGAUUCUCCAAAUGACAAACCCAGGGAAAUCGCUAAAAGCAUUUUGCGUGACUUUGGGAUUAAAUUGAGAUAUUCACAAGUAUGGCGAGGGAUGGAAGAUGCCAAGGAGCAACUUCAAGGUUCAUACAGUAAGUCAUAUAACAGGUUGCCUUGGUUUUGCGAAAAGGUAGUAAAUACGAAUCCUGGUACUGUUGUUAAGCUUGUGCUAGACGAUGAAAAAAGACUGCAGCGCUUCUUUUUCUCACUUCAUGCCUCAAUACAUGGUUUCAAGCACGGUUGCCGACCCCUUAUUUUCCUUGAAGCUACAUCUCUAAGAUCAAAGUACAAGGAGACUCUUAUAACAGCAACUGCGGUUGAUGCAGAUGAUGGUUUCUUUCCGGUUGCUUUUGCAGUAAUAGAUAUUGAAAAUGAUGACAGUUGGCGUUGGUUUUUGGAGCAACUAAAAUCUGCAUUAUCAACUUCUCAAUCUAUAACUUUUAUUUCAGAUCGAGAAAAGAAUUUAAAGAACUCUGUGCUUGAGGUGUUUGAAAAUGCUUCUCAUGGCUAUUCCAUUUUUCAUCUUUUGGAAAGCUUCAAGAGAAAUAUGAAGGGUCCAUUCCAUGGUGAUGGGAGAGCUGUUUUACCUGAAAUUUUCCUUGCUGCAGCUCAUGCAGUCCGACUUAGUGGUUUUAAAAAUUCGACCGAGCACAUUAAACAGAUUUGUUCACCUGCAUAUGAUUGGUUGAUCCAGAUUGAGCCCGAGGGUUGGACGAGUUUGUCAUUUAAGGGUCAGCAUUAUAAUUAUAUCACAGAGAAUGUUGCAGAACCGUACUCCAAGUUGAUUGAGGAUUCUCGAGGAUCAACAAUUAUGCAAAAGAUAGAAGCCUUAAAAUGUAUGCUUGGUGAUCUAAUAGAUCACCGUAAAUUGGAGUCAAAUAAUUGGUCCACCAAACUUACUCCAUCAAAAGAGAGAAAGAUACAGAAAGAAGCUGUUAAAGCCCAUGGUCUAAAAGUUCUAAUCUCGUCCGAUGUCCUAUUUGAAGUUCAUGAUGAGAUGACUCACGUUGUGAAUAUUGAAAACCGUGAGUGCACGUGUUUGGAGUGGAAACAAAGCGGGCUGCCUUGCUGCCACGCGGUUGCUGUGUUCAACUAUAUUGGUAAAUGUGUGUAUGAUUACUGCUCGAGUUACUUCACGGUUGAAAGUUACCGUUCUACAUAUUCUGAAUCUGUAAACUCGACACCUGGGAUUGGAACACCAGUUGAAGAAGAUGGCGAGUCAGGUGCUGCUGAUGUGUUACCCCCUUGUCCUCCAGAAUCUCCGAUAGAGGAAAAACCAGAGGAGACUAAAACUGUAGACCCAAAUAAGAGAACAGUACUUUGCAGCAGGUGCAAGGAACCAGGACAUAAUAAAGCUUCAUGCAAGGCCACCUUAUAGGUCCUUUUUUUCAUCUUGUACAGCUCUUAUAAUUUACAUGGCAGUGACUUGUGAUGUAUUGCUCAUCUUUGUAAUUCGUUGCGCUCUGCAUUUCUACUUCACAGAAAACAGUAACAUUACUGAUUUAUUUCCAUUUGGAAAGCCAUAGUUUCCGAGUUUUGAACUCGGAAAGCAAGGUGUUAGAGGAUGGUAAUAUUCGUGGUCUCAAGGGUAAGAUGUUCCCGUAGCUUGUCUAUUGCAAAAAUGAUUUUCAUUCGGACUAUGAAUUGUUGGAUCAUUAUGUUACAUGACGUGUGAUGGUGAAUUCUCAGUUUUCUCGGAUUUUGGACGACCGUUUUCUUGGUAUUGUUUUGCUCAAGCAUCUCAUUCUUUAAUGUGCUGAAGUUGAAAAGAGGGGCGGAACAAAAGAAAGUUGAGGGUUGGUUUACAAUGGAAUGCAGAGUGUCUUUCAAGAUUUGUAUAUGUAAAAGAAAGAUUUGAGUGAAAAGUUACGCAAUUAUGUAAAUGAACGUUAUUUGGUG